AUGUUUGAAACAGGGAUUCCAAAGACGAUGAGGGCGGUGGUCAUCGAGGGGGAUAAAGCCGUCGUGAAAGACGGAGUGCCCGUCCCCUUGCUAGAUGACGGGUUCAUGCUGAUUAAAGUGUGUGCUGUUGCUGUGAAUCCGAUGGAUUGGAAGCAUGUAGAGUUCAAGAUGGGCAGUGAGGGUGCUAUCCUCGGGUGCGACGUCGCUGGACAGGUGCUCAGUAUUGGGUCCAGUGUCUCGGCUACGGAUUUCAGAGUAGGGGAUUACGUCUGCUCGUUCAUCCAUGGUGGGUCCACGAAGAGACAUAUGAAUGGUGCGUUUGCAGAGUACGCUGCCGUGGAUGCAUCGCUCACUUACUGUCUCCCCCAGGGGAUCAAAGCUGCUCCGAAUUCCGAGGACAGUUUACCAGAGGGGCCCGUGGAUACAGUGGAGGGUGCGGCGAGUCUCCCUGUUGGGUUGACUACUUCUGGUGGUGUGUUGGUGCACGAGUUGCGGCUUGCGUUGGAUUGGGAACCAGAGAAACCGCAGAAGGAUACUCCUUUGCUUGUGUGGGGGGGCGCCACUAGUGUUGGCCAGGUGCUGAUACAAGUAGCGAAGAAGCUGCACGGGUUCACCAAGAUCAUCGCCGUUGCGUCCAAGAAACACGAAAAACAACUAAGGGAGUACGGUGCGGAUGAAGUCUACGAUUACCACGAUAAAGAUGUCGUGCAGCAGAUACAGGAAAGGCACAACGAUAUACAGGUGCUUGUGGACGUCGUGUCCAGCGAACAGACCAUCCAGCAAGUGUACAGGUGCGCGUCGAGAGACAAACCAGCCACCGUCGUGCAGUUGGAGUUCCUCAACAUCGAACAGAUCCACCCAGAGGACAGGAGGGACGACGUCAAGAUCAUCGGGACACUGAUAUACUUGUCCGCUGGCUGGGAUGUCCCCAUUGGGCCAUACCACUUCCCGCCAAACCCACAGUACAGGAAGGAAAUGAUCUCGUUCGUCAAAUUCAUAGACGAAAAGGUCAAGAGCGGAGAGAUCCACCAUAUCCCUGUCAAGAUCAACCGCAACGGACUGGAGGACAUACCCGCCCUCAUGGAACAGAUCAAACAGGGCAAAAAUAGCGGAGAGAAAUUCGUCACCGUCUUGGAAUGA